CCAAUACGAGGAAUGCCGGGAGUUGUAGUUCACUUAUCGGAAGCUCAUCGGAACCUUCAAUAGGGGCGUGAGGGCGGUUAGUGCCUUUUCGGGGUCCCGGGUUAAUGAAAACCCUCCACCCUUUUUCUAGUAGAUGGUACAGUCCUCGCUCAGAGGCGGACGGUUCCUUUCCCGAAAAAAGGGGGGAAAUAAGAGAAAAUGGAGUUGCUGCCUCUCGUAAGAAGCGGCUCAAUUCUGAACCUGCCCGCCUGGGGCAGUACCGGCUGACCCGGGAGGGUUGAGCCCGGCGGCGAGGGCUAUACCGCUUUUCCAUGGAGGGCGGUGGGGCUGUCAGGAGAAGGACACAGGAGCGAAGGAGGCGGCGGCGACAGCGACCGGGCUCAGGGGCGGAUUCACCCGGCAUAAAUUGCAGAGGCAGGUCCCGGUCGACUUCCCCGCCGACCCGCAAGAAACUGAACUCGGACGAAAGCGAGGAAGAGCUCGAGGAGCCGAAGCCGGAGUACUUUGACAGCGAUGAUAUGUUUGCCGACUAUGACAGCUUUUCUGCCAACAACUCUUUCUUAACUGAAAUGGAUGGUUUAGAGCAAAAGCACAUGCACUUUAGUAAGGAUACUCUGGAUUCUGACAGUUUAGAUUGCAACCUUGCUGCGCGGCCUGUAGGUGGAGGUACUCAGAUGACAAAUGCCAGGAACCUGGCACAGGUAUUUUCGGAGACAAACUCUGCGAUUAGCUCCAGAGGCAUACGAGAAUAUGAUUCUUGGGAAAGGAUGAAGGUGCAGGACAAUAGCUCAGAGCCUCAGGAUCCUGAUUUAGAUAGCCUUCCGUCCUCCCAGCUUUUAUUUCGUCAGCGUUCAGAGGAAUGUUCUCAGAAAGAAGCGGUCAUAAAAGAAAUACCCUGUCAGCUGGACUUCUCACAUCUGCCGUACCGCAGUGAUUCAGAGAAUAAUAAACAAGAUUGUAAGUCGGUGAGAACUGCUUUGUUUGGCCCAGGUAGGCGAAAGAGUCUCAAAGACUAUCUCAAAAGUGCCAUGGCUGGGAAUGCCAGAUCCUCUGCUUCGUUGGUUUCUAAAAGCAAACAGCUGAAAGAAGCUAUUGUAACUGAAGGAAUGGCCGUUGCAGAGACAACUGGCAGCUUGGCUUUUGUAGACAUUGGUCCUUUCUACGGUUUACCCACGAAAGUCAAGGAGCUACUGCUACAAAUCAGAGGAAUUGAGAAGCUUUAUGACUGGCAGCAUGAUUGUUUAACGUUUGAAUCCCUGCAAAAGCGAAAGAACUUAAUAUAUUCCUUGCCAACCAGUGGUGGAAAAACCCUUGUCGCUGAAAUUUUAAUUCUUCGAGAAUUACUCUGCAAACAAAUGGAUGUUUUAAUGAUCCUGCCUUACGUGGCUUUAGUCCAGGAGAAGGUUGGGAGUUUGUGUGGUUUUGGAAUGGAACUCGGUUUCUUGGUAGAAGAAUAUGCAGGAAGUAAAGGAAGGAUUCCUCCAAUCAAAAGAAGGCAAAAGAAAUCCGUGUACAUUGCUACUAUUGAAAAGGGACACAGCCUGGUGAAUGCCUUGAUAGAAGCAGGAAGAAUUGACAGCCUGGGUCUAGUUGUAGUUGACGAGUUGCAUAUGCUUGGAGAAGGUGGUCGUGGCGGGAUACUAGAAAUGACCCUUUCUAAGGUUUUAUAUGCAAGCAAAACAACUCAGAUCAUUGGAAUGAGUGCAACAUUAAGGAAUGUUGAAGACUUACAGCAGUUCCUGAAAGCAGAAUUCUACACAAGUAAUUUCAGACCUGUUGAAUUGAAAGAAUAUGUUAAAAUACAGGACAGCAUCUACGAAACUGAUAGCAAAGCAGAAAAUGGACUUACGUUUUCACGGCUCCUUGAUUUCAAGUAUUCUAGUGAACUGCAGAAGGUAGAUCCUGAUCAUCUUAUUGCAUUGGUCACAGAGGUUAUUCCCAAGCACUCCUGCCUUGUCUUCUGUCCUACUAAAAAGAACUGUGAAAAUGUAGCAGGCAUGAUAUGCAAACACAUAAAAGGAGACUUUAAAAAGGUCAAGGAGAAAGAAAAACACAACCUUCUAAGAGAGUUAAGAAACAUCUGCAGUGGAAAACUUUGCCCGGUUUUGAAACAGACUGUUCCGUUUGGAAUUGCUUACCACCACAGCGGUCUCACCAGCGAUGAGCGGAAAUGUAUAGAAGCAGCUUAUUCCUCAGGCCUCCUCUGUCUGCUAACCUGCACAUCUACGCUUGCUGCAGGAGUGAACCUGCCUGCUCGAAGGGUAAUUUUAAGAGCGCCCUAUGUUGCUACGGACUUCUUGAAGAAGAACCAGUAUAAACAGAUGAUUGGUCGAGCUGGCCGAGCUGGCAUUGACAAGGCUGGUGAAAGUAUUCUGAUUGUGCAAGAGAAAGACAAAAAACUGGUUCAAAAUUUAAUAACCAGUCCCCUAGAAAGCUGUUACAGCACUCUUCUUGAAUCCAACAAGGGCAUCCGAAGUUUACUCUUAUCGGUGGUUGGCUUAAAGAUAGCAAACAAUCCUGAGGAAAUUUACCAGUUCAUGAGUGCCACCUUGCUUAGUAUACAGCCCCAGCUCCUGCCCAACAAGAGCCUGCGGGAUGUAACAAUGGAAGCGUUACAAUGGCUGAAACACAAUAGGCUGCUAAAAGAGAAAGAAAAUGCAGACGGUGAAAAGAACUGUCAGAAUAAUCUCGGGAUCACUCAGUUGGGCCGAGCUACCUUCAAAGGUUCGGUUGAAUUGGCACACUGUGACACCCUCUACGCAGACUUGAAGAAAGGACUUGAGGGACUAAUACUUGAAAGCUACCUUCAUUUGAUCUACCUGAUAACACCCUAUGAUAUGAUUCCCCAGUGCAGCCCAAAUUGGAUGGUCUAUUUUAAACAGUUCAAUCAACUCAGUCCAAUAGAACAACAAGUAACCAGCGCUGUUGGAGUGCCAGAGAGCUUUAUUACCAAAAAGGCAUCUGGACAAGCCAUCAAGAAUGAACUGGAUAGUAAUACUGUUAAUAGACUUUACCUGUCCCUCAUCCUUCAUACCUUGUUAAGAGAGACCAACAUAUGGGACGUGUCAGAAAAAUUUAAUAUACCGCGAGGAUUUGUUCAAUCUCUUCUCAAUUCAGCGGCUUCAUUCUCCUCUUCAGUUUUGCAUUUUUGUGAGGAGCUGGAUGAGUUUUGGGUUUAUAAAGCUCUCCUGCCAGAACUUACCAAGAGACUAAACUAUUGUGUUAAAGCAGAACUUAUUCCUCUUAUGGAGGUGGCAGGAGUUUUGGAGGCUCGAGCCAAGCAACUCUACAACUUAGGCUAUAAAACUUUAGCUCACUUGGCCAAUGCAGAUCCAGAACUUCUAGUCAAGAGUGUUGUACAUAUGUCCAGAACUCAGGCCAGGAAAAUAGUUUCAUCUGCAAAGAUGCUCCUGGCUGAGAAGACUGAGGCUUUACAAGAAGAAGUUGAAGAAUUAUUGCGAAUACCUACGGAUGUUCCAUGAGGCUUUUUAUGUUUCUGUAAAUCCAAGAAUCAAUAGAUUAUCUCCUGCCUUGAUCACUGCUUGUACUUAUUGUAUAUAUUAAUGAAAUAAAGGUUACACGUCAGAAAAUGUUUUGCUAAAAAUCAUCAGCAUGUUUUGUUUUGUACAUAAUGAAAUUACAUUUUUUGCAAUCCGCAUUGUAUUUUAUCUUUCACAGAUAUUGCCAUUAAUGACAUAAUUUUGCAUUUCAUUUCAGUGUCACUAUUUUUUAUUAAAUUUCUUCAUGACUCUUAACAAGAUCAUCUUGGAAAAUUAAGUUUAUUUUAUUUGAAAUCUAUUUUAGAGAUUAUGGGGAGAAUUAUAAUGGUAUAAUUGACAUGGCUUGUCUAUAUUUGCUAAAUUAUAUAUGAAAUGUGUUUUCAAAUUGUCUCUCUGGGUAAAUAACUCCCUGGUUAUGUUCACACCAUAUAUUAGUGCCACAAAUUAGCCAACCAUAUUUUACUGUAGAGUACCAUGCCAAAUCAUGUCUAAUGGUUAAUUCAUGAUUUGGUAUACUGUGCCAAUUAAUUGGUUUGGAAUAUUUUUUUUAACUGUGGUUGUUAAAAAAAAUAACCCAACCCAAAGAAGACAGAAAAAUACAUAACCAAAAUGUAGAGUUAUUAAAAGGUAGCCAUUUACACGCAUAGGCAAAACCAAAUACCCACGGAGGCUCUAAACAACACAUACACUAUCAUUAUUAAUCACAGUGGCUCAUGAAAAGGCACCCACACAGUGGCUAGAUAUGAUGGUCUGGUUCACAUACAAAGAUAUUUGACUUCGUUUUCUUAGGGAAUAUACAUUUGUACAAAAUAUAUUUUUAAAAAAGAUUGAAAUGAAAGCACAGGAAGAUUGCUGACUAAAAAGAAAGCCAAAGCUAAUAAUGAAAGUAGGUUUGAGUGGAGCAAUCUCUGAAGCAUUUAAGGAGACAGUUGUAAAUGUUGGCAAGGCUGUGUAAUAGCUGGAUGACGCUCAGGGAGAUGUGGAAGGAAACAACUGGGAUAUAAGCUUUAUAAUAUGAUAGAUGCAAAUGGUAAUAGGUAAUACCUAUUCUUAUCUUGCCUGUGCUUGGGCCAUUCAAAAUGGACAGGUGCACUUAUACAUGGACA